CAGACUGGCAGCAUGCUCUCUUCAGCCAUUUUCAGACGUCCAUACACUUCAGCCAUUUUCAGACGUCCAUAUUCAGAUUCCAGACCUAGUAACAAAACAGAUCAGCUUGGAACAAAAUUUGUGAAGCGGGGCUGAUUAUUGAUCUUUGUUUCUUUGAGCAGGCUGGCUGAGCAUAAAGGGACAGAAAAGAGAAAUUGUGGUGGUUAACCAAUGGAAAAAUUACCGCUACUUGUUGUGUGACCCUUUUAAGAACAUGAAAGAAUAUCAAAACAAGGUGGCUUCAGAGUUACUCGAAGGCAGGCUGGCUGAGCAUAAAGGGACAGACAAGAGAAAUUGUGGUCUUUUAGAUCAGCUCUGAACAAAAUAUGUGCAGCGGGGCUGAGCAUUGUUCUUUGAGAUGGCUGGCUGAGCAUAAAGGGACAGAAAAGAGAAAUUUUGGUGGUUAACCAACAGAAAAAUUACAGCUACAUGUUGUGUGGCCCUUUUAAGAACACGAAAGAAUCACAAAACAAGGUGGCCUCAGAGUUACUCGAAGGUGAUCUACUAGAAAGCUAUCAUUCUGUCUAGGGAGGGUAAGGAAAAAUUUUUCUUAUCAAACAUAAUAUAAUAUCAACCUAAGCCCACUUGCACAUCUUAUUAAGCAUAGAGAUAAAAUAAUUGAGUUUGACAAUUUUAUUUGAAAAAGAAAGAUGAGACUACAGACACUGAAUUAGAAAGGCUGAAAAAGUAAGAAGUUUGUAGUCUUCAUGUCCAGAUGAUUUUACUCGCUGUCAUCUAUAAUUUCAAAUUAGGGCUAAUUAGGAAUUGUUAAAUGUUGUAAAAGUAAAAUUAAAUUCUUACCACUGCUAGAUUCGCACUUCUCCUUGAACUGAUUAGCCAAAGUGGUAUUGACAAAUUCGUCUGAGGAAGAUGACUCAGCUCUGGCCUUCUUUGCUCGUCUCCCGUCCCUCUUUCGAUUAAUCCUCUUCUUCCAAUUGUACAUAUCGAUUUAGUAAUCGAUUUGAACUUGUGUUGACCAUGUAUUGAACAGCUGUUUUUAAAGGGGGGUAGGGAAAAAGGGGAGUAACCGGCCGUCGCCUCCUCAGACCAUUCUAGCUGUUGACGGGGAGCAGUCGCAGUUUUCGGUAGUUCUUUACCAGUCAAUUAUUUUUGUGAAAGUUCGAUUGCAAGAUGGGGAAAAGGCGUAGGGAAUCAGAAGAUUCUAGUUCUAGUGAAUCUUCAACUUCGUCGUCUUCGACAGACACUUCGGACGCCUCGUCCACCGACUCGUACGUCGCAUCACGUAGGAAGAAGGGCAGUAAAAGGGACACGUCCCCCGAUCGUAUCCAGAAAAAUCCCAUCAAUCCGAAGGCGAGUGGUUUAGGGAAUGCUGCCGCAGCCUCAGUAGCACUGUCUAAUCUUAUUCGUGCAACUUUGAGUGGAGCCGGUGAAGAAGCCCCAGCCCAAGAAAGAGAUGGUGAUGCAGGCGGAAUGGAAGCUCCGGUGGGUGCCGUGGCAGCAGCGAACGGAGUGGCAGCAGCAAACGGAGUGGCAGCAGCAGACAGAGUGGCUCAGGAGAGACCGAUUCCAGCGGUGGGGCAGGCCCUGUUACAGCUAGCCUCCUUCAUAGAAGCUCAGCACGCCCCAAAGAGUAGUAAGAAGAAAAGACUCAAGCCUACCAUCAAGCAAAGCAGGCGCAUGCUGAAGAGACUGCGAAGAGGAGCGAGCAACAAGAGAGUUGGACAGCUGAAGUCCAAAUACAGGUUGGAUGUGGAAGACAACAUGGACUUUAAAGUCCCGUCAAUCGAUUUCGAGAUGCACUUGAAAUUGCAGAAGUUGUUAGGGCCAUCAACCGGAAAAGGAGUCAAUGAAGUUGAGAAGACCCUUUACAAAGUGCAACAAUCCAUGCUCCCAGUUUUUUCAGUGCUUGCGUUUUUAGAGUCCAAAGAGUUGGAAGGAGAUGCGGGUAAAGCAGUCUGUCAUUUGGCAGAGUUAAUCGGAAGAUCCUAUUUUGACGUUUCUGACUUGCGCCGUCGGAACAUCUUGGAAAUAGUGGGCCCUGCGAUCAUUCCGCUUGUAGAAGACCGGGACAUUUUUGAAGUCAGUGAAGGAAAAGAUUUGUUUGGGAGCUCCGUCAUGAAGAGACUAUCAAAAAGUGGACGUUUCGUCAGAGAGCUGGUCGACCUGGACGUAGGAGGACAGAGGAAGGGCAAGUUACCAGUCAGAGAGCGUCUCUCCUUAACCCCUUCUCGCGAACAGCAGAGCAGUUACAAAGUCCAGCCGACCAACCACAUCCAAGAUGUCAACGGUAAUCAACGGCAUGCCGUCCGUUUUCAGCAACCAGAUUCCCGAGAUACCAGAAACGGCGUAGGUGAUCAGGGCCGCCAAGGGUCCGGUUCGGCUAGCCGAUGGAAUGGUAACCAACAGGAUUGGAACAACAAUAGAUCAUCCGGUAACGACAGCGCUUUCCGAAGAAGAGGCCGGGGAUAUCGUGGUCGAGGAGACUAAGAGUCAGAUAGCCAUCUCAUGGACACCAUGAGAAAUUCAAGCCACGAAGGAGAUCGGAAUCAUUGUUGUGCUGCUCCCCCUUUCCUUUGUUUGUUUGUUUAUUUGUUGUUGUUCCGUUUGUUUAU